AUAAUUUGUUUGUCGUCGUCGUCGUCGUCGUCGACGGUUCGUGUUUUUCAUUAAUCAGUAGCACUAAAAUGGUGCGCAAGUCCGCUAGAGUUAAAAUUCCUACUUGUCGUGCCGUUGGCAGCGUUCUUUUGCGUGCUGCUACCAGCAAAGGCGCUGCUCGCGUUGCUGCUGCUUCUGUUGCAUCUGCUGCUGUUGGUGAGAGUGUUAACCAUGUCGAGCAGGAGGAGGAGGCAAUGGUCAGGCGACGGCGACAACGGGACAGCAUUGCAAGCAAUUCACUCUCAAGUGAUGAUGAAUCCGCUGAAAGUCCAAUAAUGCAGGCAGAGGCGUUGCCGGUGGGUCACCCGGCUGGCUCACCUAUUGACCAUGCCCUGAGCCCCAAUGGCGUUGGCCUCGGCCUCAGCAACAGCAGCAACCAGAGCAGCGAGAACUUUACGAUCUGCAAUGGCAACAGCAAUGCCAGCAACAACAAUAAUAACAACAACAACAAUAUGUACUCACCAAACAUCAACAAUCUUGCCAGCGGUGGCAGUAACAACCAACAACAACAACAUCAGCAACAACAGCAACAGCAGCAGCAGCAACAACAACAGCAGCAACAACAGCAACAACAAUCGCCAACAGUUUGCGCAAUUUGUGGAGAUCGGGCGACGGGCAAACAUUAUGGUGCCUCCAGCUGUGAUGGCUGCAAGGGAUUUUUCAGGCGCAGCGUGCGCAAAAAUCAUCAAUAUACCUGCCGAUUCGCGCGCAACUGCGUGGUUGACAAGGACAAGCGGAAUCAAUGUCGUUACUGUCGGCUGCGCAAGUGCUUCAAGGCGGGCAUGAAGAAGGAGGCGGUGCAGAAUGAACGUGAUCGCAUCAGCUGCCGUCGCACCUCCAACGAUGAUCCCGAUCCCGGCAAUGGCCUGUCUGUGGUAUCCCUUGUCAAGGCUGAGAACGAAUCGAGACAGUCGAAAGCCGGGGCUGCCAUGGAGCCCAACAUACACGAGGAUCUCUCCACAAAGCAGUUUGCCAGUAUCAACGAUGUCUGCGAGUCAAUGAAACAGCAGUUGCUCACCCUAGUCGAAUGGGCCAAACAAAUACCAGCCUUCAAUGAACUCCAGCUGGACGAUCAGGUCGCCCUGCUGCGCGCCCAUGCGGGUGAGCAUCUGCUCCUUGGCCUCUCACGUCGAUCCAUGCAACUGAAGGAUGUGCUGCUACUUAGCAAUAAUUGUGUCAUCACCAGGCAUUGUCCAGAUCCUCACGUCUCGCCCAACUUGGAUAUAUCACGCAUAGGAGCGCGCAUCAUUGAUGAGCUGGUGGUCGUCAUGAAGGAUGUCGGCAUUGAUGAGACCGAAUUUGCCUGCAUCAAGGCGCUGGUCUUCUUUGACCCCAAUGCCAAGGGUCUCAAUGAGCCGCAUCGCAUCAAAUCCUUGCGCCAUCAGAUACUCAACAAUCUGGAGGACUACAUUUCGGAUCGGCAGUAUGAGUCACGUGGCCGAUUUGGCGAGAUUCUGCUUAUUUUGCCGGUGCUGCAGUCAAUCACCUGGCAGAUGAUCGAACAAAUACAGUUUGCCAAAAUCUUUGGCGUGGCGCACAUCGAUUCGCUGCUGCAGGAGAUGCUCCUGGGUGGUGAACUCGCGGACAAUACACUGCCCUUGUCGCCACCAAAUCAGUCCAACGAUUAUCAGAGUCCCACACAUGCUGUAAAUCUGGACGGCAGCAGCCAGGCGAGCACCGCUCUGGAUACGCUGGCGACAGUGACUAGCGGCAGCCAUGGCCUAGACUUGGAUGUGCAGCACAUACAGGCGCUCAUCGAGGCCAACAAUACGGAGGACACUUUCCGUGAAUAUGCGGCCAACAAUGCAGCAACGGCUGCCAUGCCAACGUCCGCAGUCACGCCACCCCUGAGCACUGCUGCCUGUAGUCCAAAAUCGCAGGAGAGCAACGCCUACAUGGAUGCAAGCCAACGCCAAUACAAUGUCCAGCAUAAGAGCCAGAUAGUGCACAGUCACAAUCAAAGUCAACGCGUGCAUCCCUACCAAAGAGUGCCAACAUCGCCGGUCGAUGCCGGACUCGUAAUACGCAAUCCGGCGGAUAUCACUCUCAAUGAAUACAACCGCAGCGAGGGCAACAGCGCCGACGAGCUGCUGCGGCGCACCCCCCUCAAAAUACGUGCUCCCGAACUGCUAGCACCUACCUAUGUGAUGGAGCCAUGUCGCAUGACGCUCAAACAGGAGCCCGAGACAGGCUAUUAACUGGUGCAAUAAGGCAAACUACACACACUACACUACACACACAACACAUACUACACUACACACACAACACACACAUACACUACUGUACACCUGUUCUGAUUCCUGCUCUUCAUCACAUCGACAGGUCGCACUUGCUAGCUGCUAAGUGUAGAAAUAAAACACAGAAAACUUACUUAAUUGUUAUUGCCUUGAAAUUUUUGAUACCUUUUUAUUUAGACUUUAAGUAGGUAUUUUGGAAAUUGUUGCUUAAUAUGUAAAUCACACAAUUGCAAUAUAUUUUUGUAUUUUAUUAUAUAUAUUUCUUAAAAACAUAACUGAAGUUAAAGGAUUUUGCUCAAAUUAUUCUAUACGUACUGUUUUCAUCUUGUUUGUUAUCUAUACAAUAUACAAUAUAUAUAUAUACAUACAUAUAUAGAAUUCGGAUAAAAUUAUGUACAUAUGCAUGAUGCAUGCUUAUACAUGUUCAUACAUAUGUAUGCAAUACUUUGUUUUAGGCUAAGGUGUUGUUUAGUGAUAAGACAUAUUUUAUAUGAGUACUUUUAAUCCUUACCUGAUAAAUAAUGAAGAACUAUUUUUAUAUGGAAAUAUAAAUAUACACAUGUAUGUAUAAAAUACAGAAUAAUUUAAUGUGGAUGAGUGAAUAAAAAACACAAAGAAAUAUGCAACAAAAA